AGACUACCUCCACACCCAAGAGAACCGAGCAGCGCGGCAUGCACAGUUUUUUGUGAGCGCAUCGAGGAAAGUACACACUUUGAUACGGACAAAAUCUGUUUUUAUGUUUCGGGGCUUUUUGGAUGGAUCUUCGCGGCUCAUGAGGUGUGGCAACACCUCUGAAAGGGUGACUUUCCUGGUUGUGUUUCCAGUUCCGUCUCCCCUCGUGUCUGUCAGUGUUCCUCUGUGUCUCUGCUUAUCUCGCGGCGAUUUCGCCGCCAUUUUCUUUCUGUAUCCGUCGGUGUGCGCGGCACUAUUCGCAAUUUCAAUCUCGUGAUCGUCUUCCUGGCACUAAAGCAGCGGUUCCUCAAAAAAGUAGAUGCAGAGUCUGUCUUUUCAUCACAAGUCUGCACCUACAUGAAAUGCCGGAGUUUUUCCUUCGUGUGUCGCUGGCUUUUUCGAUCGAGGCAUCAUCAACCCCCAAGAAUUCGUUGAAACCACAGUAUCGUGUCUUUCUUCUCCAUCUGUUGCGUUUCUUCAGUUCCUGUCUCGGCCGCUUACUCAUCCGUUUGAUCCCUUGCCUACCCGUAGGCCGUUGGGUAGGACUUCAGUAUUACAAGAUAAACAGAAGAACGACGCUGUUGAUGGUUGUUGUACGACGCUUCCGCCACGGACGUCUCGAUGCUCCAAAGGGCUUUUCCGCUCUCGACUCUCUGCUUCCCUUACACAACCAUGGAGUGGCACACCCCGGUAUCCAGCGAACGUCGAUUGGUCUCCACCGCCCACGGCUCUCCCGGUGAAGAGAGCGUCGUCUCUGAGGAGGCAGAAACACACACGGAAAUGUUUUUAUUCUGCAAACGAAGGAACUCCCUUUCCCGUACCACGCUCCACGUCUUGAACGUGUCUGUGCUGCUGUUCGCCCUGUUCCUCGCUUCCUUCGCCGCUUGUACCCCGUCCAGCCCCUCGCUUGCGUCGUUUUGUGCCUCCACUUCUCCUUCGGCGCCACUCCUCUCCGGCCGCGUAGCCGUUCCGCCUGACCUUCUGUCUGGUGUGCGUAUCUCUGUCAACGGUGACUUCCUCUCGGUCUCUCCGUCUUCUUCGGGAGAAUUCUCUCUCCCUUGUCUUCCCGUAGGCUCCUACCUGCUCCAGCCCUCCCAUCCUCUCCUUGUCUUCCCCUCCUACCGUCUCACCGUCUCGCAUGAAGCCGUGAAGCCCGCUGAGGCAGUUAAGCCUGCUUCUCGCGCUCGAGUCUUUCUCUUGGGCGAGAGUUUGCGACCCUUGACGGACAUGCCGCUCCCGCUGCCUCUCCUUCUGGUUCCCGCGACAGGUCCACCCGCGUACUUUGUGGUGAAGCCGCCGUUCAGUCUCCUCUUUCUUCUGCAGCAGCCGCUGCUCCUCGUCGCAGCAGCCCUCUUCGGCCUCAUGUGGUGUCUCCCUAAGCUUCAGCAGUUUCAGGAAGAAGAGAGACAACAGCGUCUCCUCGCCCAUGAACACCAACAGGCUCUGCGAGCCUCGACGUUUGAGGGGAGACUCACACAGAGUUCGGGGCCGAGGCGAGGCGCUGCCGCUGAAGGCGAAGCUCACUUGCUUUCGAAUGGAGACACAGGCAGGCUGGGCGUAGACGAUGAAGACACUUCCGCUUUUCUCAAGGCCCUCGCAGCUCUCAGAGACGAACGCGCGUGUGAGAGGCGCUGAGAACGGGCGCAGACAGUGAAGCAGAGAAGCUGUUUUCGGUCAGAGAAAAGAAAUAGGACGAGGGGAACAACCUGCGCUGGGGGGUAGGAGCACAGAUGCUGGAAGAGGUUAUGAGAAACGCGUGUCUUUUGACACGCGAGAGCGAAGUAAAGGUUCUGGGCGUUGUCAGCUCUCUCGAGACUCUCGAAAUUGACUCGAAAUAGAGACCAGGGGAAGGACUCAGGGUGACUGCAGUGUACAUUCAUCCUGUAUGCGAUUCUUUCUUCUGAAAAAUAGAGACAAACGAAUAUACGGGGUUUGGAUGUCUCACAGCCAGCCAAAGAUUCGCUCGCAGCAAAAAAGAAGAACAGACAUACUUCAGGCUGACCGAUACGACGAGAGUUGAAAGAGAAAUGCCAAAGAGUGCGAGACGAGGGCGAACGGUUCCGUACAGUGUUACGGUUUGCUUUCUCAUUAUUGGUAUUUGACUUCUUGGUUUCGCAGUGACACCUUGUCACCUUCCCCUAUAUCCGUUAGUAUGUUUUCCUUGUUUUACAACUUCUCAGCAGCUGGUGAAAACUAUUUUUCCG